GCAUGAGGCAGCCCUGCAGUGCAGCCCCACAAAGGCUGCUCUGUCCCAAUAAUGAACGAGAGCCUUUUGCUGGGGCCAAGAGGAUGACCUGGGAGCAGCGAGCAGGAGCCCAGGGCUCGUAUAAUCACCUGCAUGUGCCCGCACGUGGGGUGGCUCUUUUAAAGCCCAGGGUCUGGCUUGGGGGAAAUCAGAGAGGAAACUGACCGGCUGGGAAGAAGGUCAAAGAUGACAGAGUCCGGGGCCCUGCCCGCCGGCUUCAGGGAAGUGGAAGUGCUGGCCGUGGGGACAGUGCUGCUGGUGGAAGCUCUGUGCGGCCUCGGUCUCAAUAGCCUGACCAUCCUCUCUUUCUGCAAGAGCCCGGCGCUGCGGAGCCCCAGUCACCUGCUGGUGCUGAGCUUGGCUCUGGCCGACAGCGGGAUCAGCCUGAAUGCCUUCAUCGCAGCCACGUCCAGCCUCCUCCGUGUCUCCCACAGGCGCUGGCCCUUUGGCCCGGACGGCUGCCAGGCUCACGGCUUCCAGGGCUUUGCGACCGCAUUAGCCAGCAUCUGCAGCAGCGCGGCCAUCGCCUGGGGGCGCUACCACCACUAUUGCACUCGCAGGCAGCUGGCCUGGGACGUGGCCAUCGCCUUGGUGAUCUUUGUGUGGCUCUCCUCUGCCUUCUGGGCAGCGCUGCCCCUCCUGGGUUGGGGCCACUAUGACUAUGAGCCACUCGGGACCUGCUGCACGUUGGACUACUCCAGGGGGGGCAGGAACUUCAUCAGCUUCCUCUUCACCAUGGCUUUCUUCAACUUCCUCCUGCCCCUCUUCAUCACGGUCACAUCCUAUCGGCUGAUGGAGCAGAAACUCGGGAAGAUGGGCCAACCCCAGGUGAACAGCACCGUGCCGGCCAGGGCGCUGCUGCUGGGCUGGGGCCCCUACGCUCUCCUGUACCUCUACGCAGCCGUCGUGGGCGGAACGUCCCUCUCUCCCAAGCUGCAGAUGGUCCCUGCCCUCAUCGCCAAGACCGUGCCUACCGUCAACGCUCUCCACUACGGGCUGGGCAGUGGGAUGGUGCAGAAUGGAUUCCGGACAGGCCUCUGGCUGCAGAGACGUGAGCGGGAGCGAGCCCUGUGAGCCCUUCCGAGGGGCUGCUGGGACCCAGGCCCACCCCUCCCACCCCCCUACAGAGAGGACCCUGUCCCAAUCUGCAGCCCAGCUCCAUGCAGACACUCGCCGCUCAUUUUCGAGUGUAGCCCCAGAGCCGCGCCUUCAGUGGAACCCGGGGCUGCUGAGAGAAUCAGGCUGCAUGAGUGGGAGGGCGGGACUUUGGAUCUGGACAGACCUGGCCACAGCCCUGCACAGAGGCCCAGAGACCUUGAGAAAGUCACUUUCCCUGUUCUGAAGUGGCGCUGGGGCAGGGCUCGGGCGCUUUGGUGGUGGGGAAGGUGCCGUGGCUGUGGACAUCCAGCCCAGGGCCGCCAACCCUAUGGACGUCAUGUCACCUCAACUCGAAUGAUUCACAAGGAACCGAAGCAAGUGACAUGCAUUUUGUUUGGAGCUGCCAGCAGCCCAACUUGGGUUGUUUGAUUCCUUUCUUUUCCCUCAUGGGGUUUUUCCUUCUCUCCCAUAUCUUCCAAAUAAAAGUACU